GUCUAAACACAACGUGUCCGUUUUUUGACGACGCAAACAUUUUCCCGCGCAAAACAAUUCGAGUGACAUUUUUAAUUUUUUAAUUAUCCAGGCCAGAGUUGACUUGGAUUUUUUAUCUGCAGCUUUUUGAAAUUCCUGAUGCCGCCCAAUGGCACGGAGAAUCUACUGCCCCAAGAAACACCAAUUCGCAUUGAAAAAGCAAUUAAUGUGGAUAAGGUUGACAAAAAUGAACGGCACUGCGAGAAAGAUGAAGUAACCGAGACGCCUGUUUCUUGCACUUGCAAGGAAGUUGGAUAUGGAGCAGGCGACGCAAUAUUCGCGAGUGUCGUGGUAACCCCUUUGGUGGUGGGCGUGUGGCGAGGCACGUGGGGAGUGAUGGAACUACAUCCGCGUAUGUUUCCCUACGCCCGGAUAUACAUACUGGGGAUGCUCAUACAUACCUGUUUGUCUGUUGCUAAAACUCGGUUAUUCGCCCGCUCCGCGAACGCGUGGAGCGAAGGCGGAGCGGGGCGUUGGCUGAGAGAGCGCGUGCUGACUUGCUGCUACACAUAUAUAUUCAUUCUCUCCUGCAUCAUGCACUGGAGGGGUGGCUGGGGCUUGAUUGAUAGCUUUGUUGAUGCGGUUGCGCCAGAUUCUGAUGAUCCUCUUAGACUCAUAGUAAUAGCGGCCUACGUAAUAACCUUCUAUAUAAUGAUGACAUUCCUCCGCUCCUCACGGAAUAUACUGGCCCCUCCUUAUUUCCUGGUGACUGAUGGAAAGGAAGCUACUUACAUGUUCAAUACUCGAUUUAGAAUGAGUAGUAGAGAAACAGCGCUUUACAUAUUGGACUGUGUAUUCUCCGUCACCGUCGUGGGGUCUCUCGUGGUCUUCGUGUGGAGAGGCUCUUGGGCGCUAUUGGACAUAUUCCUCUUCCCAGAUGACCCUAGCAAAUCGUGUUGGACAUCACUUAUAAUGGGCUAUUCGCUGGUAGUUGUAACUUUUUCCCUGCAAGUGCCGAUGCGCUGGGCGGCUGCGAAGCUCCAGGGGGCGGGGAGGCUGCUCCUGGUUGACUUCUACCACCUGGUCUCCUUCUUGGCUACUGUCAAUGUGUGGCGGGGGGUGUGGGGAUUGCUGGAUAUAUACUUCUAUCCUGAAUCACCGAAGCUCAGCAACUGGUCAUCGCACAUCGUCAGUCUGGCGCUGCUGAUCCUCCUGAACUGCUCCAACUCGAUCCUCGUCCGCGGAGUGUACAUCGACGCGGAGGAGCCAGCGGGAGAUUGCGUCAUCUUCCCCUGCCAUUACCUCCGACUCUUCUUCCACAAAGAGAGAAGCAAAAAGAGACACAAGCUCGCCCUCGCAGCCGCUGAUAGGAAAAUGGAAGAAGCAAACGUGCCUUUACAGACGCCCGAAGAGAAAGUCUAAUCUAUUAUGUGAGUGAUUUGAUAAGGGCUUGAUGGCUACCGGAUUAGAUAGUGAUUGAAUUAAUACUUGGCAUAUUUUUAUAUUGACUGAAUAUACUUCUUACAUUCGGUUGUGAGCGAUGCCUUAAUGAAGUAGGUACAUCUAGUUGUCAAGUAUUUUGUAUUUUAGGUCUAAUAGUUUUCACAAGUGAAAUACUCGUAUUUAACUAUGUUACUAGGUCCAAAUGCUGUUAUGACAAGACCUUUUGUAUUUACUACUAGAUGACCCGGCAAACGCUGUUCUGCCUGACUCUUAUCAUUUAGGGGUAUAAAAAAGAACUGGCCGAUUCUCAGACAUAUCCGCUAAGCACAUAAAAUUGGGUGAGAAUCGUUCCAGUCCUUUUGGAGGAGUAUGGUAAUUAACAUUGUAACACGAGAAUUUUAUAUAUAUAGUGAUGAUAGUGAAGCGCGAGGUAAAUGGAUUAAUGCCUUAUUAUAAUAGCAUUUGAACCGGAUAAUACUCGAUCGAUUCUUUUUCAAGAACGAUUAAAUAAAAUAAUUAAGCUAUUGAGACGAUAAAUCGUGAGAUUAUAUUUAUUUUCAUGAAAUUUAUAAGAGGCCUUAUUACAGUUGUAAAAAAAAAAAUACGAUUAUAAAAUUAUAAAAUUUUUGUAUAUAGCUUCAAUAGAGGUACAAUAUUAUAUUCA